ACCUGGAUGGGCCUCAGUGUCCACAUAUGUAAAGUAAAGGCCUCAAAGAUCUUUCUGUUCGAAAUGGAUGAUCUUUGCCUUCUUCCAGUCUCUGAUGACCUUUCAGAUUUCUUCUUCCUCUCCCAGGAGAUCUGCUCUUUCUAGCUCCUAGGUGUUUCUUUCUUUCUCGGAUUGGUGGGAGGCCAGACGCAGGGGGGUCUCCUUCAUAGAGGUGGUAGCAGUAGAGCGAGAGGAGGAGGAAGAUGGUGAGGUUAAGGGAAUGGGAAGAGAAGAGGAGGAAAGGAGCAAAGGGAGGGGAGCAUGUAGGAGGCAGGGGGAGGAGAGACAAGAGUAGGGGGUCGAGGGAAUGCGGGCUGCGGUUGGCCCUUUAAGGAGGCCGAGCUGGGGGCGGUGCCCAGGUAGAAGGGGCGGGGCCCGGCCGGCCUCUCUGCUUCCUAGUGAGUCCCAGAGGAUUAGUAGGGCCAAGGCUCUGCGCCCGCCCGUCAGCCUGUGAGGGAUCAGGCUCGGGGGCGGAUUUAGACGGCGCUGUCCGAUCGGGCUCAGGCGGGAGAGGUGGGGAGCGGGCCGUCAGUCCCCGAUGGGACUCGGACGCUCCUCCUAGCGCACGGCCGUCGUCCACCUCCUCUUCCUUCACCUGCGGCCAACCUCGGGCGGCCACUUCCUGCAGCUCGCCCGGCUUGUGCUCACCUGGCUGAGCUCACCUGGGCGGUGCUCACCUGGGCCGCGCUCUAUUGCCCGCUGGCGCCGGGGAGGGGGCCCCUGGCGCUCCCCGGCCAAGAUGAAGGACCGGCUAGAGCAGCUGAAGGCUAAGCAAUUGACAGAAGAUGACGCCGAUGAGGUGGAAAUCGCCAUUGACAACACGGCCUUCAUGGAUGAAUUCUUUUCAGAGAUUGAGGAAACUCGGCUCAACAUCGACAAGAUCGCAGAGAACGUGGAAGGAGCUAAGAAACUUUACAGCGUCAUCCUCUCAGCCCCAAUCCCUGAACCAAAAACGAAGGAUGAUCUAGAACAGCUAACAGCGGAGAUUAAGAAAAUGGCCAACAACGUCCGGAACAAGCUAAAGAACAUGGAAAGGCACAUUGAACAAGAUGAGGUCCGGUCUUCGGCAGAUCUUCGGAUACGGAAAUCCCAGCACUCUGUCCUCUCCCGGAAAUUUGUGGAGGUGAUGACCAAGUACAAUGAAGCCCAAGUGGACUUCCGAGAACGCAGUAAAGGGCGAAUCCAGAGGCAAUUGGAAAUCACCGGCAAGAAAACCACAGACGAGGAAUUGGAAGAGAUGCUGGAGAGUGGGAACCCGGCCAUUUUCACUUCUGGGAUCAUCGACUCUCAGAUCUCUAAGCAAGCCCUCAGUGAGAUUGAAGGACGGCACAAGGACAUCGUCCGGCUCGAAAGCAGCAUCAAGGAACUACAUGACAUGUUCAUGGAUAUUGCCAUGCUCGUGGAAAACCAGGGGGAGAUGAUAGAUAACAUAGAACUGAAUGUGAUGCACACAGUGGACCAUGUGGAGAAGGCUCGUGAUGAGACCAAGAAGGCGGUGAAAUAUCGUAGUCAGGCCCGGAAGAAAAUGGUAAUUAUCAUUAUCAUAGUUGUGGUGGCACUGGGCAUUUUAGCUCUGAUCAUCGGGCUUUCCGUCGGGCUGAAAUAACAGCAGCUCCCGUUGACUGCUGGCACUGAACUUAACUCCUCCUUGCCCCUCACCUCCUUGGCCUGCUGCUGAGUCCUGUUGAUCCUCACCGACCACCUGUGCACUGACUGAUGCCUCCUCCCCUGCUUCUCCUAGAACCUGAUCCUAUCCCAGCUGGAUCCUUGCACCUCUUCCUUUGGACUGGAUAGGAGUUGUCUCUCAAAAGUCUCCAGAGAGUGAGCAGGACAUGUCCCCAGUUAACCUGAUCUUGGGUCUGGUUUGCCGUUUGCCCAGACCAGCUUGUCCUGAUCCAACCCAAAAUCUGUUUUUGGAUACUGUCCAGCUAAUCCACUCUCCAGCCCUGAAAUGCUUCCCAGGCCCACUUGCCUAAUCACCAAGCCUACUUUCCUGGAAUUUUAACAUGGGAGCCCCCUUCAGAUGCCUCCCAGGAUGCUGCUUUCUACCUCAUGAAAUACUUUUUUUCUCAGGAACGACAAUAAUUUUUUCUUUAUCAUCUAUUUCUUUAACAAAUGUUUAAGAAAACACAAAAGUGGAAAUCAGUCUCACCGCUGACUUUGGCCAGGAGAGGGCUUAAACCUGGGUCUCCACCAUUGGCAGAUCUUUGUAAUGCUCCCUAGGGACUGGAAUGAUGGGUAAUGGUAAGAAGGUACAGUCUUUUUGAAACUCAACUUUUGGCUCUUUACCCUCUAGGGAAGCCAAGAGGCCAAUGUUGACUUUUAAUUCCUUAGUGGAAAUGUCUAUGUUCUUAUGUGUGGCUGUUUACCGAAGGAGGAACUGUAUGACAUGAUCCUCUGAGGUCAUCAUUUGCCGAGGCCGAGCCCAUUCUUGGCUGUGUUUGGAAGUAUGUGUCUUGGAAACCAGCUGUUGUCUAGUGGGGAAGGUCAUGUAGCUCUCUGUCUAGUGACCAGCAAGAACUCAAAUAUAGGAAAACUGGCUUAUGGAGGAAGAGUGUGAGGCCUAAUCCUUAGUAAUAGCACAAGAUAAGGGUGGGGUUCAGGGCUUCUUGUGACUUGUUUUCCCUCUGUUGUUCCAGGUGCUUAGGAGUGGUUUCAAUGAUUCUUUAGAGAGAGAGAGAGAGAGAGAGAGAGAGAGAUAGAGAGAGAGAUAGAUUGAGUGUGAGUCUGGAACCUGGGGAGUAGAGAUUCUGGGUCUAACCUCUAGAAUUAGCUUGAGUAACUGCUUCAUGGGAGUGGAUGAGGGAACAACUAGCUCUUUAUGCAGCUUUGGGAGGAAGCCUGAUCAAAACACACUCUUCCUGAGGGCCGUUACCCGGAUGAAAAAUCGGGUGAAUCCCUGGUUUUGGACGUCAUCAUCUCAAGAUCACUCCGUGUCCAUUGGCUCACUUGCCUAGUGGACCCUCGUUCUCUUUUCUUUCUGGUGCACAGGUCCAGUUUGUGCUAAGGCUCACUAGAAAUUAAGGGACACUCAGGGUGACUGAGAAGAUCCUGUCUCCCAGGGAUCUGCUGACAGAGCCGCUUGGUUCAAAGUGGGGCUUUGACCAAAUGGCAUCUUCUUCUUACCAAAGAGGGUUUGGUUUCUCCCUCAUGGGGCCACCGGGGAGCGAAUGGCAUUGAAGAUCUUCUUUAGAGCGUUCUGAAGUAGGCACUUAGUGUGCAGAAGUCCUCAUGAAGCUGGUAUUGGAUUUAAGCCAACACAAGCUGGUUGAUUUCUCACCUGGUGCAUGAAGUUUGUCCCCAGGUUCCUUGCUCCUUUGUACCCCAGGUACAUGCCAUCCUUUGAUGACUUAACCCUCAGCCUUAAUGACUCCAAGGAUGGAGGCAGAUCUCUAAUAUAGUGCCUGUUUGCAGGGUCUGUUCUAAACACCCUUCGAUAUGUGGAGAGAGCCAUGGGGGGUGAAGCACUAUUGUUGCCCAAGGCUAUGAUGUCUGACAUUCAAGAGGUGAUUGACUCUGGUGCCAAGAAGGAACAAACUCCAGUUAUGUGGCCUCGGUCUCACAUGUGAGGCUGGGAAUUGUAUUGUGUGUCCAAAAGCAAAGGGUUUUUCGUCUGUUUUUUUUUUUAAUGAAACUUGAUUAUUUUAUUGUUAAUUUAAAUAAAUGAAUUUAUAUUGAUUGUGAGAAUGCCUUCUCUCUCCCUACCUUCUCCCAUGGAUGUUCAGUGAUGGGAAUUCCACUGUGAUUGAUGCUAUUUUCAGCUUUUGCUCAAAUCCUACAUGACAAAGCAGAUUGCUUGGGAAAUGGGGCCUGGUGCAAAAAGACUGGACAUGAAAUUAAAGUACUGCCUAGUGUAAGUUAACAGCCAAAUAUGAGGCACUCUCCUAGGUGCAGGGGAAUGCAGAGACUAAAUCACACACAAACCCUGUCCUCCAAGAGCUUGUGGUAUGGCUGCAGUGGGAAUAGAAAAGAGAGUUGGGGAUGUGAGAUACUUUGGAGUUUAGUCAACAGAUUUUGAGCCCGAGUGACCAGGUCAAUAGGGUUGUGUUAGCAUAAAUGGAGAAAUUAUGAGGGGGAGAGAUUUUUUAGCUGAGGUAUGACAUUUUGACAGUUGGUGGCAGGUCCUAGUAGAGCUAACAAGCAGUUGUUGGACUGAAGUAGGACUGACGUUCUGGGGAGAAAUUGAGAGAUUUGGGAGAUAGCUGUAUACAGGUGGUCAUUGCAGCCAUGGGAAUGGAAGAAAU